AUGGGGAACUUCUCGAACGCAACCACGACAGGUGCCGGGCCAACAGUAACUCCGAGCUUCAUCCAUGGCGGCGUCCGAGACUUGAGUACCGUCUAUGCGUUCGCUGCUGCUGCCCUCACUGCCGUUCUGCUGAGCGGCUUUGAAGCAGGACGCAAAGCAGUACUCCGCGUUUUCUGGUUCAUCGAUCGCAUGCUUGGGGGGGCUCCUCAUUCCGUUACGCUUCCCGGUCCUCCCGGUCUUCCAAUAGUCGGAAAUCUUUUCGAAUUGAGCAAUGGUCACGUCCAGAAGCUUUCCGAGUGGACGAAGAAGUAUGGAGAUGUUAUCCGUGUCUCGCUGGGUGAACGUGAAGCGGUCUUCAUCAACAGCCAUAAGGCUCUCGCAAAGACCGUCGUUCAGCAGGGUCCUGCAUACCAGUCUCGCCCCACAUUCAAACUCUUCCACAGCGAUUUCGCGUCAUCAGGUAUAGGACAGUUGGCAGUAACGUCGCCAUACAGUGAUCGUCUCGUGCGCACUCGCAAGGCCCUCUCAUCCCAAAUCGCCCCUCGUCUCCUGCCCAUCUAUACUCCCGUCAUUCAUCCCAAACUCAAGAGACUUUUCGCCGACAUCCUUGAAAUCAGCCAAGGCCCCGCCGUCGACAUGGCUGAAAAACUUCAUCGGUUCGGCACUGGCCAAGUCUCCGAACAGCUUAUGGGCACCCCUCUGGAUGACGACAUGGUAGGGACUCUGGCCACAAAUGAGACCAACAUCUUCCGUCAACGAACCAUUGGCUCGCCAGCCCGUGAUUACAUCCCCAUCUUGCGCGCUGCUGGUCAGCUUCGCUACGUAGUCGGCAAAGCCCUUGGCAUCAAAGAUUGGUCAUUCGACGAGAAGGAAGAAAAGGCCCGAGAGUACCGCAAGAUGCAGCAAGUCUAUAUCAACAAGAUGCUUGGCGGCCUGAAAGAGCGGAUCGCAAAUGGGGACCAGACUCCCUCUAUCCUGGGGAAUAUCCUUCGUCAAGGGCUUCUGAAAGAAGAAGAGAUCCUAUUGGCUUCGUAUACCGGCAUCGCUGCGGGCGUUAACCUUGGUUACUCGCUUACUUGGAUCAUUGGCUACCUGGCCAAUCGGCCCGACUUGCAGCAGAACGGAUACGAGGCGAUCCGCGAAGUUUACAAAGGCCAGCCACCUGAGCCGCAUGACUUUGAUCGUGUUGAAUAUGUCAAGGCCCUGCACACGGAAGGCUCUCGUAUAUACACGCCAGUUCGUCUCGGCUUUCCGCGGCAAACGCUGGACGGUGCUAGCUACAUGGGCAAAAAGAUUCCUCGAGACAUGCUCGUCAUCAUGAACUUGAUGGCCGGGAACCGCGACCCCGUUGCGUUCGACAGACCAGAUGAAUUCCUGCCAGAGAGAUGGAUGAACGGUCGUAAAGGCCGAACCGAUCUCAUGGGCGAAGGUGGUGAUAAGAUUGGCGUCACUCACCUGACCUACGGAGCCGCCCGCCGCGUCUGCCCAGGCAUUGACAUGGCCAAUCGUGGCCUUUACUCCACAUUAGUACUCCUCCUGCACUUCUUCACCUGGGAGCGCCAACCUCUCAGCGAGGAGCAGAAGAAGCAUGUCUUCCCUGCCUUCCGUGCCGAGCGGGAGUGCUCGCUGGAGAUGGAUGCGCUUGCUGAUACCGCUACACCUACCGAGGCGCAAGCUAUUCCUUGGUCGGCGGGCAUCAAGUUUCACUGUCGAGAUGUAGAGGGGUUGAAGGCCUGGCUUGCGGACGACAAGUGUUGAAGCUCCGGUCUCGGGAUAGGAACGAGUUGGAGAUGUUGACGGGGGGGAUCGUAAGCGUUUGAUUGUGCUUACAUAGACAUAAAAGUGGGUUGUCCAGCGUUCUGUCUUAUAGAUGUAAGCCUGGGAAUAUUCAGUAUCAGAG